AUGUCGCGCCCCUGCCAGCAACGGCGCGCCAGUGCGGCUGCCAACCGGAAAUCCAGAGGGUCCAAGCCAACCGGACCGCCCCCGAUACGACACAAAGCACGGCAAAAGGCGAUACACAACGCGCGACGCAGCGAGCGCGGCGGAGCACGUGGAGGCCGUGGUGGAGGUCGCGGAGGAGGAGGCCGUGGUGGUGGCGCAGGACGGGGUGGGCGAGGAGGCGGACGUGGCGGACGUUUUGCGCAGAAGAAUGGCAGGAACGAAUCGGGCCAAGACUUCAUACCUCUCUCCUCUGGUGGCAAUAACUUCGAAGCGCUCUACAGGUCCUCACGCAACGACGACUUUGAUCUCGACAUGGACGGCGACAGUUCCGACUCAGACCAAUUCGGCGACGACUUACUCGACGACGACAUGUAUGAGGCCGAGGACAUUGAGAUCAACGUACAGGCGCCACUGCCCACGACCGGUCGAGGAAGACAACCACGAGCGCAGACAAUGUUUACCGAGGCAGCCGCGGUCGCAGUAUACAGGCAGCUCUAUCUGCGCGAUUACCCACUCAGUACCUCAACCACGCGAGUGCGCUACGGUCUCUACCAGGAGGACACCUCUGCUGAUUCGGCCGCAUACAUCUCCCUCGCACCAUCCAUAACGUCUCGGCGAUCGAGCGUCAUUAGCAUCAGCAGCGACACAAGCGAAGAGUCCACGGAUGGACCGACAACACCGGAGUACAAUCCGGCACGCGACUACGUCUUCACAUUCGGUAUGCACAGGGGCAAGCGGUUCACCGAUGUGAACGAAAACUACAUCAAAAUGAUCGGUGGUCAGCUAUACAAAUACAGGGACAAGCAUGCGGGCCUUUUGGAGGCAUUCGAAUACCACAGGCCGGGGCAGGCACGUCUUCGGCCAGACCAGACUCAACCCCAACAGACACAAGCUCAGCUAUCGCAGCCUCCCACACGGAGCGCACAAGGGUCUCGAUCGAACGCUCUUUCGGCAUCAGACACAUGGAGAUUCCACAAAGGCAUUCACCUGGGAAAGCGACUUCAUGACGUACCUGAAAACUAUCUACGAACGCUAGAGGGCAAUCCCCUGGUCAGAGACGCCUGGCCUGGCUUCAGACAAGCACUCCAGGACUUCAAUGCCAAGACUGGUAGAAAAGGUCGGGUUUGA